CCAUCCCUCCAUCCUCCCAUCCCCGCAUCCUUUCUCCCUCCAUCUUCCCAUCCCCGCACCCUCCCAGCCCCCUGAAGCCCCCCCGAAGAUCUGAGCCGUGACGCCCCGGUUCGGGGAGCACCGGGAGGGCCCUCGGGCAGGCUCAGCCCCGGAGCCGCGGGCUCGGGACCCCCCGUGCCCACCCUCGGCACGGCCGCCCCGCGGCGGGGAUGAGGCGGCACCGCAGCAGCUGCAGGCAGCUGGCAGCCCCCAGCCCACCAUGCCGACGUCCAAGAGCGAGGGCGAGAGCGAGUUCUGGAUCGAUGGAUCCCACCGGGAGGCGGCACUGGAAGAUUUCUACGUCGUGGGGCCCGAGCUGGGACGGGGAGCCACCUCGGUGGUGUUCAGCUGCCAGGAGAAGGGCACGGGAGCUCCCUACGCUGCCAAGAUCCUGAAGAAAACGAUUGACAAGAAGAUUGUGAGGACGGAGAUCGGGGUCCUGCUGCGCCUCUCGCACCCCAACAUCAUCAAGCUGAAGGAGAUUUUCGAGACGCCCUCGGAGAUCGCGCUGGUGCUGGAGCUGGUGACGGGAGGAGAACUCUUUGACAGGAUCGUGGAGAGGGGGUUCUACAGCGAGAGGGACGCGGCGCACGUGGUCAAGCAGAUCCUGGAGGCUGUUUCGUAUUUGCACGAGAAUGGGGUCGUGCACCGGGACCUGAAGCCGGAGAAUCUGCUCUAUGCUGACCUGUCCCCCGAUGCACCCCUCAAAAUCGGUGACUUUGGGCUCUCCAAGAUCGUGGAUGAACAGGACACCAUGAAAACCGUGUGUGGGACACCGGGGUACUGCGCCCCCGAAAUCCUGCACGGGUGUCCCUAUGGACCAGAGGUGGACAUGUGGAGCGUGGGGGUCAUCACCUACAUCCUGCUCUGUGGCUUCGAGCCCUUCUUUGACCCGCGGGGGGAUCAGUACAUGUACGGCCGCAUCCUCACCUGCGACUACGAGUUCGUGUCCCCCUGGUGGGACGAGGUGUCCCCAAACGCCAAGGACUUGGUGAGGAAAUUGAUCGUUUUGGAUCCCCAGAAGAGGCUGACGGUUCACCAGGCCCUGCAGCACCCCUGGGUCACUGGGAAAGCAGCAAAAUUCGCUCACAUGGACAGCACGCAGAGGAAACUGCAGGAAUUCAACGCCAGGAGGAAACUGAAGGCUGCCAUGAAGGCCGUGGUGGCCUCCAGCCGCUUGGGCAACCACGGCCACCACGACUGCUCCCGCAGCGGCCGCGGCCAGGGGGGACCCCGGGGCCUGACCCAGCCCAAGGGGAACGGCGGCCCCGGGGCUGGCAUGGAGCUCAGAACGUUCCAGAGUGACCACCCCAGUGUGGGCCCAGUGGCCUCAUUCCAGAGUGACCAUCCUGCCAUGGUCCAGAGUGACCACCCCACUACAUUCCAGAGUGACCACCCCAAUGUGGGCCCGGUGGCCACGUUCCAGAGUGAUCAUCCCACCAAGGGCCCAGUGGCCACAUUCCAGAGUGACCACCCUGCCAUGUUCCAGAGUGACCACCCCAAUGGGGCCCCAGUGGCUACAUUCCAGAGUGACCACCCUGCGAAGGGCCCGGUGGCCACGUUCCAGAGUGACCACACCACCAAAGGCCUGGUGGCCAUGGCCCAGAGUGACCACCCCACCAUGGUGCAGAGUGACCACCCUGCCACGUUCCAGAGUGACCACCCCGCCAAGGACCUGGUGGCAACGUUCCAGAGUGACCACCCCAAUGUGGGCCCGGUGGCCACAUUCCAGAGUGACCACCCCACCGUGGGCCCAAUGUCCGUGUUCCAGAGUGACCAACCCACCAUGGGCCCGGUGGCCACGUUCCAGUGA